GGAACGUCGGCGGAGUCACUUAUGGCGGUUCCCUGAGGCAGACGGACCUCCGCUCCGUUAUCCCGUUGUCUUAGUCUCUUCAGCGGCCAUGAGGCGCAGAGGCCUGGAGGAGGAGGAGGAGGCCUGCGGCGUGUGGCUGGACGCGGCGGCGCUGAAGAGGCGGAAAGCGCAGACACAUUUAAUCAAGUCAAGUACCAAAAUGCUAACACUUGGAGAGAGAAAGGCUAACAUUUCUUUUACUCAAAGAAGUCGUCCACCUGCAGGCACUCGGCAGACCAGCAUUGCUUCCUUCUUCACCUUGCAGCCAGGAAAGAAAAAUGGUGGUGACCAGAGGAGUGUUUCGUCUCAUAUAGAAAGUCAGACCAACAAAGAGUCUAAGGAAGAUGCAACCCAGCUAGACCAUCUGAUCCAGGGCUUGGGGGAUGAUUGCAUGGCACCCCCUUUAGCCACUUCAACCCCUGCAGGCAUCCAGGAAGCUAGACUUUCUCCUCAGUCCUUCCAGGCUUCUUACCACCAUGGAAUAGGAAGCCCAUGCGUGACUGUGCUGUCUUUGUUCCAGCCUGAUACCUUUGUCUGUGCUGGAGAGAGUAAAGCAUCACUGGCCUGUUCCUUCACCCAAGACCUGGAGAGUUCCUGCUUACUGGACCAAAAGGAGGAAGAGGAUUCUUCCCGGAAAAGGGAAUGGCCUCAUGGAUCUAAGAAAAAGAACUAUCAGAAUGUGGAGAGACACAGUAAAACACCUGGGGACAAGGGCCAUCAGCUCUUGGAUAAGGCUAACUUGGAAAAGGUGUCUGCCAAAAGAAACAGGCAGGCCCCCAUCCUCCUUCAAACAUACCAGGAUUCCUGGAGUGGAGCAUACAAAGAAGGAGUGAAACAAAGCCCUUGUCCUAUUCCUGUGUUUUCGUGGGACAGCGAAAAGAAUGACAAGGACUCCUGGAGUCAGCUUUUCACCGAGGAUUCUCAGGGCCAGAGGGUCAUUGCCCACAACUCUAGAGCUCCUUUCCGAGAUGUAACCAAUGACCGAAAUCAGGGCUUAGGACAGCUUCCUAACAGCCCUUGGGCUCAGUGCCAGGAUAGGACCACUCAGUUAAAUCUGCUGACUGAUUUGCUCUUUACCCAGGACUCUGAAGGUAAUCAAGUUAUCAGGCACCAAGUCUAAAUGUCUUUGUGAGGGUUUGGUUCUAAAAGUACCUUGAAAUGACAUAUAAGAAAGUAUCUUCAGGGAGUGAGUAUAUUGGAGUAGGGGAAUGUAAGAUCUUUGUUUUAGAAAGGUCAUUCAGGAGAAUGAUCUUGGGUGGGAGGGAGGCAUGGGAUGAUGCUGUUAUUAUUGAGCAUUUUCUUUGUGUAAAUAAAGCAGGUGGUGCUGCUUGUUGAGACA